AAACGGAGCGGAGAUGCUGCCCUGGCGCCGGAGCAAGUUUGUGCUGGUGGAGAAUGAACGCAAGUGCAAAGGGAAGAGCCUGGGGCCAGGGCUGAGCUACGCGGCGCUGCUGGCCGGGUUCCUGCGCUCCUGCCCGGACCUCCUGCCCGACUGCCCGCUGGAGCGCUUGGGCAGCGUUUUCCGCGGCAGACGCCAGAAAGUGGAGCUGAAUAAAGAGGACCCAACCUACACCGUGCGGUACCUGGGCAACGCCGUCACCCUGCACGCCAAAGGCGAAGGCUGCACCGAGGAGGCGGUGGGCAAGAUCUGGGCUAAAAGCGAGGCCGGCUCCGGCGGGGGGGCCAAGAUGAAGCUGACGCUGGGGCCUCAAGGCAUCCGCAUGACCCCCUGCGAGAAGGGAGCCCGGCGGCUGGGCCACGCGUACCUGCUGCACCGCAUCACCUACUGCGCCGCCGACCGCCGCCACCCCAAGGUCUUCGCCUGGGUGUACCGGCACCAGGUGAAGAACAAGGCGGUGGUGCUGCGCUGCCACGCCGUCAUGGUCUCCAAAGCCGACAAGGCGAGGGCCAUGGCCCUGCUGCUCUACCAGACCUCGGCCUCCGCCUUCGACGAGUUCAAGCGGCUCAAGAGGCAGAACGACUUUCGCCACGUCCAGCAGCAGCUCCUGGGCGACGCCAUCGUCCCCUUGGUGCCCCUCCGCAAGCUGCUCAACGCCAAGUGCCCCUACCGCCCGCCCGCCGAGAGGGCUCGCUGCGCCCCGCGCCUCAGCUCCAUCCUGGAGGAGGAGGAGGAAGAGGCUGCCUUGGGGGCCGGGGCACCCCUGGGGGACGGCGGCCCCGGGGAGCGAGCGGCGGUGCUGCGGCUGGCCAGGGAGAUGAGGGGGUGCAGCCUGCGCGGCCCCCGGCCCGCCCUGUGCUGAGGGGUCUGGGGGUGAGGCGUCCUCCGCGGGCUGAAGUGGGACCCUCCUCACCUUGGGGGUCGAAACUGGACGUGAUGGCUUCGUUGACAGAGAAGACCCUUGGGAGGAGGACAUUGCACCCCCAGGACAAGGAUGUUUGCACCCCCAGGAAGGGGAUGUUUGCACCCCCAGAAUGACAAUGUUUGCACCCCCAGGAAGGGGAUGUUUGCACCCCCAGGACGAGGAUGUUUGCACCCCCAGAAUGACGAUGUUUGCACCCCCAGGAAGGGGACGUUUGCACCCCCAGGAUGGCAAUGUUUGCACCUCCAGGACGAGGAUGUUUGCACCCCUAGGAAAGGGAUGUUUGCACCCCUUGGACGGGGAUGUUUGCACCC